AUGAGUUCUCAAGGAAACGAAGGAGGAGCCAGCAGGCUGAACAAAUGUGCUAAUGGCUGUGGCUCUUUGGUCCCAGAAGAGAACUUGAACUACUGCGAAAACUGUUUCCAGCUUCUUCUCGUGGAGGAACAGGCUGCCAUUGAGGCUGCCGAGAGGGCGGAGACAGCCUUCUCAAACGAAACAAACCCAGGUGAAAACUGGGUCAGAGCACAGACUUCAACAAUCUCCAUGAAAGAAUGGAUAUCUAUAAUCAGAAGAAACGAGCGUGCCAGGCAAAUGGAUGUUCUGGGAAGUUCGUCUGCAGUCCCUCCGCCGUUGACGGUGGUUUCAGGAAGUGAUCAGGUGAACGAAGGUGGUGAGGUUGAGGAGGCUAGGGCGGUGAGAUGUCCAGUUUGCAGGAAGAAAGUUGGACAGAUGGAAUUCAGGUGCAAGUGUGGUGGAGUUUUCUGUAUAUUUCAUCGUCUUUCAGAAGAACAUGAAUGCUCCUAUGAUUAUAAGGGUUUGGGUCGUCAAGCAAUUGCAAAAGCAAAUCCUGUCAUUAGAAGGGAUAAAGUUAAGAAGAUUUAA